AUGCCACCCUUCUGGACAAUCGGCACCCUCUUCGGUGCCUCCAGCGUCAUGCUCGGCGCCUUCGGCGCUCACGGGCUGAAGAAACGCAUCGCGGACCCAGCGCGCAUCGCGAAUUGGGGAACAGCUGCACAAUACCAGCGGGAGCAUAUACCUGCUGGUGUUGGAUCCGCUUUGGUUCAAGUUUCUGGGGCCGGUGACGCCACUUGGUGGGUUGUGCUUGAUUGGGGGGUGGGUGGCGCUGGCGGCGAGGGGCAGGCCGGUUAUGGGGUGGGGGAAGUUCAAAUAGAAAAGGUGUGA